GAAUUGUUUCAGCAUCCUAUGACAGCAUGGGCUCUAUCCCCACCUCAGACAUCAGUCUCGAAACACAGACAACACAGGAGUCCACCUACCCCCACCGCUAUCAACCACGGCCACAUUUCAGUCAGCCUGUCAUGCCUCAGGAUGACCCGUUUGUCUCCCCUGCCUCUCACCUGGAUGCUGAUGGUCGGAAGAAGGAGAAUGGCUUACCUCAUCCCUAUACUGCUGAUGUGAAGCAGAGGCUGCAGUAUGACACCAUGGAAGCUCAACCUGUGCAGGAAGGCAGCACUGUGUCCAUCACUGCAGGUGGUCAAGUGGUCACCACCAGCGAGAAUCAAGUGCCCCAGCUGAAGUCUCUAUCUCCCAUACACAGCCAGUUCUCUGCCACAAGCAGGCCAGGUGCUGUUGUUGCAGCAGGCAGGGCCCCUUCCAGUGAUGUGCUGUCUGUGUUGCUGGAGCGUGGCAAGAAGCUGCGUGAUGCAAUGGCUGUGUCAUCUGUUGACAGCCAGGACCAGCACAAGAUGGUGGCAGCCGGAAUCAGGCCACAGGACAUUGUAGUCCCAGGGACUAAGGCCAUAAAUAGGAGCAGCUCUACUGGAAGUUUGCUGAAGGAAAUUCUACUUGCUGAGAAAGAUGCAGCUAGUGUUGUCAUGGCAACUGAUGACGUGAUAGCCAAUGACAUUAAUGCUAAAACUGUUGAUAUGGUGGUUGGCUCUCCAUUGCAAAAAAAUGAUUUCAAGAUGUUUCAACUUCUGAAUGGAGGUAGCCCAGGCACGAGUGUGUCGAGCGACGCUGCUGAUCUGAGUGAGACUGGAGACCCGAUUCAGGAGGACGCCAUCCUGCAGGAGCUGUUCUACAGACACUCGGAGAGUGAUGGCAGUGUUCUGACUGAGAUGAGCGGGGAUGAGAGGGACAAUCCUGUCAACACCAGUCUUGUCUCAAUGGAGGAUCCUGCUAAUGUGAGCCCUCCAUCGAGAAGAUCUUCACUGUCCAGCCUGUCACUUCAGUUUCCAGUAGAAGAGAAGAAGAAGCCAAAGAGAUCCACCUCAAAAACUCGAAAAAAGUUGAGGACAAGAGAAAAAACCAAAGGUUGUAAGGUUCAGAGGUCAAGGUCAUCGUCACAUUCAAGAUCAAGAUCAAGAACAAGAACACGUUCUAAGUUGAGACAGAGAGCCAGUAGUGCUAGUGAUGCAAGUGACAAUGAUGUUCCAAGUACCCCAAGGUCAGAGGUGUCUGUGUGUCCUUCGACAUGGCAUGCAUCAGAUGUAGAUGACCCAAUCCAAGACGUUCCCAAGUCAAAGACAGUGGAUGGACUGAGUGUGGAGAGACUGACGCUACUCGGACGCGUCCAUGUGGCACGGGUCAGUGUGGAUACGCUAACCUUGCAUGUGGAUCAGGACACGUCACUUGUCAGCAACCAGAGCAGCAAGGCAAACAAAGGAAAACGGAAAGGAAAACCACCCAGACCAACCAGCAAGUCGAAAAAACCUUGCACCUACUUCAUAGAAUAUCAGUUUCCAGUUGUGGCGACCUCCAGAGACAAAUACUCACCCAAUACCAUGGCAACAGAGGUCAUGAGAGUGGCUUCCAAGAACAUUAAAAAUAAUGUCGUGACAUUCAGUCAUCGGUCCGUUUUCCCCAUCAUGUUUGAUGGCAGCUCCAUUGAGAAAUGGUGGAAAUCUGCGCUUGUGUUUAAAGUCUUCUCCAGAGAGGCAGGACAGAAGAUUCCAACACCGGUGGGGUCGUGCGGAGUGUCCCUUAAGUCCAUCCUCAAGUCGGACAGUCUGUGCAGUGACCGGCAGCUGGAGGUCAGGGAGUCCAGUAGAAAUUCAUCCCUCAACUCCUCACUGCGCCACAAUAGUCUGUGUGGAGUCUUCGGGCAUCUCAAGACGGUGGUGGAGCUAGCCUCGGAUCACCGGGAGUUUGCUACGGCUCUUGCUAAGACCAAGCUGGUGGAGAUGAGUGGCAAGGCAAAGAUAGUUCCGAUCCCCGAACCUGCUCCAUCGUCUCAGACAGCCGGCAGCCUCAACUCUCUCCCUCCUCCACCAUUUGUAGUGCAGGCCAGGCAUGCAGAUUUCCUUGCCCAGUCGUCGUCUUCUCAAGAAAGCAAACCAAUGCCUUCAUUAUCAGCUCAAUCAUCCAAUCAUAUUUCACAACCUUUCAACAACGAUACCUCCAGCAUUGCUCAGAUAUCAUCAGUCAAUCAUCUACAGCAACUCCAUUCCGUCCAGCUGCAGACUGUCAGUCAGCCCCAAACCAACAACCAACCAGAAGUGAGUUCUUAUUUCUACCAGUUCCAUCAUAAUCUCGUUUUAGAAAGGGUUAAUGACAACUUUGACUAUAGAUGCUACAUGGUUGCAGCGGAGGUACCAGUUUUGCCUAGUCUUCCUCCUGCAUCUCGGGACCGGAGUUCGAGCGUGGUGUCGGGCACUGGAGCAGGGCGCUGCUUCAGUUCUUCCCUUCCCUCUGCGUCUGGUGCGCGGCCGCCCACCGAGUCGGGGUUCGGGUCCUCUUCGCGAGGAGACCAAGCCUCGGACUCGGGCUCGGGCGCCGAGUCCAUGGAUAUUGGGGAGGUCGAGGAGCCAGAGGGUGCCUUCCGUUUCUCGACGGUUCUGAAGGAAGUCCGGCUACGCAUUGCCGAGUACAUUCCCCAGGCCGCGACCUUGCUGGCCCUCCCCUAUCGUCUGGGAGCGACGCUGUUUCCUGGGGCCCAGCAGGUCAUCCCGGAGGCUGCCACUGCAGCUACCUCCUUCAAGGACUCCAAGGCCUUGUUGGAGCAGCCGCGGGCUUCUCGCCCCCGCGCUCCUGUUCCGGCUUCCUCCUCCGGGGUGCACCCUACACCCGAGUCUGCUGGCUGGCUUCGGCCGCUUGGCAGGGGUAGGCAGAGGAGCCGUCCCGCCCAGGGUAAGGGCAAGGCGCAGUCCUCUUCGACUGGCUCCCAGCCUUUACGCGGGCGCGGGAGUCUACUGCUGUUGGUCGCACCCUCCGCCUGGUGUUCCUCUAGAGCGGUGGAAAGGCAUGGGACGAAGUCCGCUUCCAAGAAGCCCCCUGCUUCCCCAGACAUCCCGCCGUCCGCAUCCAAGACUAGAGGGUUUUACUUCAUCGCAACGCAGACUCUGCACUUCCAGGCAGCGCCGACCUCUGAGGGGAAUUUCAACGCAACAGUGAGGUCAGCGCAGAUCAACAUGCAGCCUGAUGUACCUGAGGCCCGAUGUCCGAUGAUCUUCCUCAUCGAGGGUCCUGUCGCUACCAACGCAGAUAGGGCAGCAACUACUUCAUCGCAGAUCGCCCCAGACAACCUGAUGCGCCAGAUUAUGAAGAUGGUUACAAAACCUCAGUCUACAGGAGUGCCCCUCUUCACCUGGUCAACAGGCUUACCCAUGCUGAUGCAACAGCCUCCACCUACGCCAGGUGCUGGUGCUCGAGAUCUCUCAACACGGAACUCCUACCUUGUGUGUCGGAUGUUCUGGUGUAAAGAUGCUGUUCAUUCCUCAGUCUGCUGGGGCACGCUUCAGCCACAGUUCAACUUCCUACAGGUUGCUCCUGUUCUGCUGAGCCCAGCAUUGUUAGAGCGAAUGAGGAACAACUUCCUGGUGAUUGAAGUGUGGGACAAGAAGACAGCAGCUGGUGAUGACAAGCUGAUAGGUAUGGUGAAGCUAAGUCUUCAUCAGUUCUACAUGUCCUUCCGUGAUCAGAAGGUGGCCAACGCCCUCCUCAAGUCUCAGUAUCCUGUGAUUGCGGCGGACAACUACUUCGGCAUUACCGAUCCUUUCACCAGCUUCAACUUCGGACAACUCCGACUGGUGCUAGCAAUGGGUUCAGCGGAACAGAUUGCAAGUCUGCAGCGGAUCAAGCAGGAUGGAGAUGGUUCAGUGAUGAUCCCAGAGAGGCCGCUUAACAGUCUGGAGAGACAUGACAUAGCUGCCCAUGAUGAUACUCAUGGUCACCCUCCAUCCAUGGAUUCAGCAGUUGAGCAUGUGUUUGAGGUUGUGAUUGAGGCUAUUCGGGAUCUGAAGCUGUUUGACAACAUGAUGUGGGGAGAGACUGACUGCUUCAUCCAGUACCACUUCCCAUCCCAGGCCCAGACUAAACCCCUGUCUCAUGUCAAGAGCAUUGCUCCUUCCAUGAAGUGUUAUCGGACAGCCACCACCCUGUGUACACCAGACCCCACAUUCCACGACUGUACACGACACAAGCUACACCUGCCUCUGGGCACUCCAGUACAGCGGGAACUGCUUACAGCAUGUGCCAACUCAGGAGGAGGAGCAGGAGGACUUCCGUUCGAAGUCUGGUGCCGCUAUUACCAUCCUAACAUCAGGGAACAGGUCAUUGCUAAAGCGAUGCUGCCGUUAGCCAAGCUGUGUGCCAUGGUUACAAUGCAGAAACGGGGGGAGACAGCCAUCCAGAGUUUCUCUCUGCCGUUGUCUCAAGUCACCACCGAGUACCAGCUGGAAGACCCGGAGGCAAAAGCUAAGGUGAAGGACUCUGGGCUGAUGGAUGUCACUGUUAAUUACAAGACCAAGACUAUUAAGACUGAAUCGGCCUCAGCUGGCCAGCAAGCAAUCCUGACAGGCAGUCAAGUGUGUGUGUCUGUUGGAGUGAUACGAGCAACAGGGCUGAAGUGUGCAGCAGAAAAGGUGUCUCACCUUGACCCUGGAAUGCAGUAUGCCUCAGAAGUGGGUGUCAAUGCCUAUGUCCGGAUCAAGUUGUCUUUUCUCACUAAUGAGGGUGAGAGAAUAACGAAGACAGUUGCUCGGACAUUUUCCCCUGAGUUCUCCCACUACCUUGACUUCCCCUGUCCCUUGUUGUGGACAGACUCUAAGAAUGAUGGAACCAGUCUGGCUGAACUGCUGGAAAUGGGGGAGGCAACUUUCGAAGUGUGGCACCAAGUUCCAGGACUACAUGGAGGAACUGUAGGCCAGUAUGUCCCGACUGGCAGUCAGACAGUGAUGGGGAGGUGUAUGGUACAGAAGACUGUAUGUGUGGUGUAUGUUACAGGAACUGUAGGCCAGUAUGUCCCGACUGGCAGCAAGACUGUAUGUGUGGUGUAUGUUACAGGAACUGUAGGCCAGUAUGUCCCGACUGGCAGAACUGUAGGCCAGUAUGUCCCGACUGGCAGCCAGACAGUGAUGGGGAGGUGGGUACAGAAGACUGUAUGUGUGGUGUAUGUUGUGCGAACUGUAGGCCAGUAUGUCCCGACCGGCAGUGAGACAGUGAUGGGGAGGUGUAUGGCACAGAAGACCGUAUGUGUGAUGUGUGAUACAGGAACUGGCCAGUAUGUCCCACUGGCAGCCGGUGACAGUGAUGGGGAGGUGUAUGGAACUGUAGGCCAGUAUGUCCCGACUGGCAGCGAGACAGUGAUGGGGGGGGUGUAUGGAACUGUAGGCCAGUAUAAGUCCCACGACUGGCAGCUGCAGACAGUGAUGGGGAGGAACUGUAGGCCAGUAUGUCCCGACUGGCAGCCAGACAGUGAUGGGGAGGUGUAUGGUACAGAAGACUGUAUGUGUGAUGUGUGUUACAGGAACUGUAGGCCAGUAUGUCCUGACUGGCAGCGAGACAGUGAUGGGGAGGUGUAUGGAACUGUAGGCCAGUAUGUCCCGACUGGCAGCAAGACUGUAUGUGUGGUGUAUGUUACAGGAACUGUAGGCCAGUAUGUCCCGACUGGCAGCAAGACUGUAUGUGUGGUGUAUGUUACAGGAACUGUAGGCCAGUAUUUCCCGACUGGCAGCAAGACUGUAUGUGUGAUGUGUGUUACAGGAACUGUAGGCCAGAACUGUAGGCCAGUAUGUCCCGACUGGCAGUCAGACAGUGAUGGGGAGGUGUAUGGUACAGAAGACUGUACGUGUGAUGUGUGUUACAGGAACUGUAGGCCAGUAUGUCCCGACUGGCAGUCAGACAGUGAUGGGGAGGUGUAUGGAACUGUAGGCCAGUAUGUCCCGACUGGCAGUGAGACAGUGAUGGGGAGAUGUAUGGUACAGAAGACGGGAGAUGUGCUGCUGGGAACCACAACUGUUAAGCUGGUGUCUCUGCUGACGCACAGGACAGGUCUGCUGGGCUGGCACCCAGUAACAAUUCCAUCGUUGGGAUGGAAGACUUCGGAGGAAGGGGACGGGUGUGUUCAACAUGGGCUGCAGCAAGUGGGCGGGGGCCUGGAAUUAUCCAUCAGGUUUGCCCACCAGGAAGAUCGGGAGAAGGUCAUCCAUGCUGGUCGGAGUGUUGGGUGGUCCCCGACUCUACUGGGCCUGGAGGAUGAGGAGGACUGGGAGACAGAGGAUGAGGCUUCCCAUGGUCAGUGUAACCAGCUCACGAUAAGUGUGCAGGAUGUCUGCUUCCCUCUACAAAAUGCUCUCCUGACAGGCCACACCCAGCUUGAGCCUUCAGCCAAGUGCUAUAUCAGAUACAAGUUCUAUGACAAAGGUGCUGUGUCCACCAAGCUGUCAGUGUUGCAACAGAAUGAGGAUGCCUCCGUCUCCACUACCUUUCGUCAUAAACACUGCUUCUUAGUGCCGAGGUCCAGUCCUUUCCACUGGUAUUUACGUGAGGAAAGGCUGGAGGUACAGGUUUGGGUGAGUUAUGUGUCCGGCAGAGACAAGCAGAGUCGUCCCCAUCACCGUGACAAGCUGGUGGGAUCAGCCUACAUAGAGCUGGGCAGUCUUGCUGACACUUCCAGAAAACAGCAUCGUCUCAGUGGUGUGUACUCAGUCUUGAAGCCAGGAGCAGCCAGUCUGGGAGGGGCGUGUGUCCACACUCAAGUGACCAGUAAACUCCUGACCAAGGGCAUGACACAGGCCAUGGAGGACAAUGAGGACGUGGUCGAGAAUGAGCUGUCUGAGGAGGACUAUGACACAGAGGACAGCUUCCAUCACCUUAGAACAGAAAGUACUCACAAGGUGAAGGACAAGUACCUCCACUCCGCUGACAGCUGCUCUCCAAGGUUUGCUGUGCACAUCUUCAUAGAGAGAGCAAUGCAUCUGCCUCGGGUGACAGAGAAAAACAAGUGUGGCGAGAGUGAGCCCAGUACAUACGUAUCGUACCAGACGGCAGAGAAGUCAACCCCGUCAUGCACAGCCAUUAUUCCCCAAACUUCCAAUCCAGUGUGGGAGCAUGAGGACCAUACCCAUCUCUCCACCGAGCUGCUGUACCAGGACAACAAGAACCUAGUACUGAAGGUGUGGCACAAGCCAGUAGAGGCAGCCAAGCAGCCGGACAAGUCAAGUGACCGCGUCCUGGGGUUUGUGACAGUGGACCUGGCACCUCUGUCAUCAGGACUACUGCAGAUCUGUGGCUGGUACAACAUACUUGACUUCACCGGACAGUGCAAAGGGCAAAUCAAGGUGAGCAUUGUCCCAGAAGAACCACUGAGCCAGUCUCCGCAGCCAGAUGGAGUGUCUUCACAGACCAGCCUCCCCUCCCGUGUGUCCAGCAGCUUCCAUCAUGUUCCUUCCCUCCACCUGCAACCAGCAUCACUCCCUGCAUCGCUGCCACGCCUCCAGGAGCACAUGGCCAUCAUCAGACAGCAGUUGCAGCAGAGACAGGCCGAGUCACUCCCGGCAGCCGAUGUCUCCCCCACAGCAGACACCCAGCACUGGCAGCCCCACUUCCCGAACCUCCCUGAUCCAACACAGGAUACGUCCAAGUCCUACCUCUUCACGUCACUCAGGAAGCAGCUGGAGGACUUAGACAGCAUCACUUCUCGGUUGAAGGAGAAGCUUGGAUCUGACAGUGUUGAGGAUGGAGAGAGACAGCCAGUGAGAACAUCUAGGAUGGUCCUGACUGGCACAUUUGCUGGUCUGAGUACAAUCCAUUCUGUGUCCUCACAGGGAGAUGCUGUGGAACACAUAGAGGGGAACAGUGGUGUGUCUCGUUCCUCUAACAUCGCUGCUGAUUCAGGAGCCUACUCUGUGGAGAACUCCUCAGAAAACACAGGUGCUGACAGCCAGAGAAGUGAGCGACCAGGCAUGUUCACAACGCCACGUGAUCCUGGAUCUAGUAACAACGGCUCAGAUUCUGGUGUCAACAAAGACUCAAGCUCAAGUCUGAGAACACCGAGAGAAUGGCAGGACUCAAAUGGUAUUGGCCUGCCACAAGUGCAAAUAAACUCUGCCAAGGAUUUAACAAAUAAUAGUGAUAGGUUGGUUUUCACCGAAGGAGGCGAUGUUAUGGGUGAGUUCCUCAUGACAGUGGACACCCCACGGGAUGGGCUGUCUAACUAUGAGACCAGCCAGGGAUUCGUGCCAGGUCAGAUGCUGCCAUCUCCCAGCCAAGGCUCCAUGGAGUCCAGACCUCAUGCUAGGAGUCACGUGGAGCAAGACAUCCAGGAGAGUAUGCAAGAGUCGGACUCAGACAGGGAGGAGGGGGAGCAGUACGGGAACUACCACCGCUACCGAGAGAUGCUGGACAGUGAGGAGUUGGAAGCUGAUGAUGAAGGUGAGGGAGUGGAGAUUGUUCAUCCUCGAAGGAUUAACGAUGUGUCCGGCAUGCUUGCCGGCUGCUAUUCAGGACUGAAAGGUGAUUCUGAUGGGAGACUUGUCAGUAAUGGUCAAAGUCAGGGUUUUGAUGACCCACGAUGUGAAGCAGCCCAGACUGUUGCAAAAGAUGAUAAAACAGUUCAGAAAACACACUUAGCUCAGCCUGGAUUCAGACAAGUCCAGCAAACUUAUGGAGAAGAUAGUGUACACCAUGACACAGAAAACAGUGUGACCAAGUCAAGGCCACGGACACUUGUAGACAGUUGGCUGUCUGAGACUGAUGAUGUUGUUGGUGAAGGAGGAGAGACUCCUCGAGAAGUGAGCUACACAGAGGAUAUGGAUGAAGCCACUCCAAGAAAGAUGCCCCCAGCUCAAGCUGGUCGUACCACACCCACACUGUUGUCUAAUGUGGAGCUUCUUGACACUCUGACAUCCACCUUGGAAACAGGGGAACAGCCUAGAGAGGAGAUGGACCACACACACAGGCUGCAGUCAGAACGUCUGCUGUCCAACAUAGACCUUGAGUCUGUCACAACGUACAACACCAGCCAUAGACCAGACUCUGGCAGCAGUAAGAUCUCAGGUCGAUCUUCUGGUCUCAGCAGCAACAGGAAGGAUGAAGACAUUGUGGAGGACACAGCAGAGGAAGGCCUUGAAUGGACAGGGGACGAACGUCGAGAACGAUUUGAUGCUGUGAGACAGGAAAUGGAUGACUUUUUUUCCAGACAAAAGGAGAGAGAUGGAACUGUGGAGGAGUCAAUCUUUCCUGCGUCAAAGCACCUGUCUCUGUCUGGUGACAUGUCCACCCACAGCAGCGGUCAGAACCUGCAUCACACAAUACAGCACGUGCAGCAGGGCUACGACACAAACACCGAGCUGCACAGUGACCGCACCACCGAGGACAGCGGGCUGGAGAGUGGAACAAAGUCAUCCCAAGAUGAGAAAGAAGCAUUCUCCAUGUUUGAUAUCGCUCACAGAACUGACCACAUGCCCAACUUCUUCUUGCCGCCGGAGAACCUCCAGGCUUCCAUGAGGGCUCUUCAGGUGGCCACAGCUGCAGCAACUCACAUGACACAGGACCCAGGUCGUGCUGCCGAGAAGGUCCAGGCCACCUCACAGUUAGCACACAGGUUAGCUGCAGGGUCAAAGAUCAAAUUUGCCCCAGUCUCAGCUAAAGGGAGACAACAUCCAACGGCUGAUGAAGCAAAACGAAUAGCAAAGAUAUUUUCUUCUAGAAUGAAGUAGAUUGGACUUAGCAACAUUUGUUUUAUGAAGAACUAUGUAAUUGUUUUGUCACUUUCCAUUGUGAGGAUAUUUGACUUGAAUUACAGGUAAAGGCAUUUGAUCUGUAUUUGAACAGGUGUGUGGUAAGUACAAUGUAACUCAAGGUCCAUGAUAAGCUGUACAUUCAAGGACCAGUUUCUGCAAUGUAUUCCACAGCAGUGUAGCCAGUUUUCAACUCUUAUUACAUCUGUGUUAUCAACACCAUGUUCAUGGGGUAGUAUAUGUACUUGACGUAACCAUCUCCUGGUACAUACUCACCUGCUUGUGUAGCCUCACUUUGAUAUUUAACUUCUGUUACCUCAGGGUGCGUAUCUACCACAAGAUACUGUUAUCCGUUAUCUGUUAUAUGUUAACUUGUGAUCCUAUCAUAUAACAAUGUUCCAUGUAUAGCAUUUGUAGAAUUAUGUAACAUUGCGGCAGUACCAUGUAACAUUGUACCUGGGAAAUGUGACAUUGUUACUAGUUACACAGUUCUUGUUUCAUGUAGCAUAGUUGGUGUAUCAUGUAACAUUGUUGCUGUAUCAUGUAACAUUGUUGCUGUACUGUUGCAUACUUGCUGUAUCAUGUAACAUUGUUGCUGUAUCAUGUAACAUUGUUGCUGUACUGUUGCAUACUUGCUGUAUCAUGUAACACUGUUGCUGUAUCAUGUAACAUUGUUGCUGUACUGUUGCAUACUUGCUGUAUCAUGUAACAUUGUUGCUGUAUCAUGUAACAUUGUUGCUGUACUGUUGCAUACUUGCUGUAUCAUGUAACAUUGUUGCUGUAUCAUGUAACAUUGCUGCUGUAUCAUGUAACAUUGUUGCUGUACUGUUGCAUACUUGCUGUAUCAUGUAACAUUGUUGCUGUAUCAUGUAACAUUGUUGCUGUACUGUUGCAUACUUGCUGUAUCAUGUAACAUUGUUGCUGUAUCAUGUAACAUUGCUGCUGUAUCAUGUAACAUUGUUGCUGUAUCAUGUAACAUUGUUGCUGUACUGUUGCAUACUUGCUGUAUCAUGUAACAUUGUUGCUGUAUCAUGUAACAUUGUUGCUGUAUCAUGUAACAUUGUUGCUUUACUGUUGCAUACUUGCUGUAUCAUGUAACAUUGUUGCUUUACUGUAACAUUUUUGCUGUAUCAUGUAACAUUUCUGUACAUUAACUUAAGAAUGCUGCAUUAUUUCAACUGGUGUAGAUCUGUACAUAGCACUGAUGAGAGGACAUUCAAGUGUAUAUACAUCUUGUUGUCUGUGAUAAGUUCCCUCAUCACCAUAGUCUUUCACACUAGUUGGCCCAUCAGUCGCCACAUGGCAGCAUGGAGAUUCUAGGUAAUUGUAAGUGUAGAAGUAGAUUCUGCCAUUCCUCUUAUGAUUUACCUGUACAUAGGAUAUUGUAUAUAUAAACAAUGUACAUAGAGAUACCUGUAUAUACAUCAUAGCAGGGAGUUAUCAUUAAUAGACUCACUCAUAACUUGACGAAGAAAGAAUGUAGAAAUCUUUUGGACACCUCCCCUUCCUGUGUGGUUCCACCAGCAAGUUUGGGAUACCAGUGACUCCUGCUGUGGUGAUUACACCUGAUAGGGACUUCCAUAGGAUGAUGUCACCAGGCAACAGGUAGGGGCUUGACCCUUCCAUAGGAUGAUAUCACCAGGCAACAAGUAGGGGCUUGACCCUUCCAUAGGAUGAUGUCACCAGGCAACAGAUAGGGGCUUGACCCUUCAAUAGGAGAUGUCACCAGGCAACAAGUAGGGGCUUGACCCUUCCAUAGGAUGAUGUCACCAGGCAACAAGCAGGGGCUUGACCCUUCCAUAGGAUGAUGUCACCAGGCAACAAGUAGGGGCUUGACCCUUCCAUAGGAGAUGUCACCAGGCAACAGAUAGGGGCUUGACCCUUCAAUAGGAGAUGUCACCAGGCAACAAGUAGGGGCUUGACCCUCCUUUAAGAUGGUAUCCGAAGACAGUGAAGCAGUCUGCUGUCCCUGACAGAGUCAGCGAGUGUAUAUCCACUUACAAGGCAUUAUCAUGGCAUUCCUUCAUGUAUGAAGAGUUAACCAUGUAGGUUCUGGAUGAAGUGACAGUAAUAGGUUCAGUCCAGUACAAGAAACACAUCCCACAGUGCUAUAUUUAUUGUUGUAUGUACCACUGCAUGUAGACACCCACACCCACACCCCCACCCAGCAUCCCCCUAGAUCAGUGUGUCUGGGAAUGUGUACCCUGAGAUAUGGCACAUAAUCACCCAGCUACAUCAUAUGUAAAUUAUCGAGGUAUAUCUCAUUUCAUGUGUCACUAGAGAUUUAGUUACAAAUAUAUCAUUGAAGACCUCAUACAGUGAAGAAAUACUUACUGUGUUUAUCUUAGAGGUAGUGAAAUAUAUGUUAUUGUUUUUAUGUAUAUGUUGUUCUUGAGUAUUUUCACAUGUUGAAAGAAGUGCCAUGCAACACAGACACAAUGUCAGCCAGCUAUGAAAUAGUUUUUCUCACUUUUAUACUAUGGAGAUUAUGACGUUUGUCAUGUAGUAUGUAAUGUCCUAUUACACAGAUGGACAGUGAUGAGUGGACACCCAAAGGUGGACACCCACAGGCCAGUUGGGCUGGAGACCUUUGUUGACCCUGUUGUAGUACUGUAUCAUCUCUAGUCACAUGACUGAUUCCGUCCAUACACAGCACCUGUCUCGGCCAGUAGCAGUAUAGCAAGGUCUUCCCUACAGAAAUCUGGGGAUGGUAUUGGGUGAUUAAUUAGCAUCCUGAAUGUUCACAUACUGGUGGUUGCAAGUGUCAGUUCUCAUGAAUGAAGUGCCUCGCAUCAAAAGCCCUCCAAAGUGACCAAAGAUUACCUACACUUUUCUGAUGCAAAACCUGGCAUUGUACUGUGUGUAAGAUGUUUCAUACAACGAAAAGAGAGUGUCUUUUAUUUGAAUUCAUGUUUGACUUAAAGGCUUCUUUGAUCUUACAUAAAUAAGGAAAGUAUCUUGAAUAGGAUGAGCGUUGUGGAGAAAGUCCUAAAGUGCCUGUAAUGCAAUCCUUCAUGUGCCCAUUAUUCUAUACAUUCCAUACUUGGGGUAUACAAUCUGUACAAUCCAUGUCUGCAUAUAUAGUCUGUAUGACCCAUCCCGGCGAUAAAUAGUCUGUAUGACCCAUCCAAGCAAUAUAUAGUCUGUAUGACCCAUCCCGGCGAUAUAUAGUCUAUUUGACCCAUCCCUCCACUAAGUAGUCUGUUUGACCCAUCCCUGCAGUAUACAGUCUGUAUGACCCAUCCUUGCUAUAUACAGUCUGUAUGAUCCAUGAAUUUGAUAUUCAUUCUGUAUGACCCAUGAAUGUGUAAUACAGCCUACAACCCAUGCCUGUGGCAUACUAUCCAUAUAACUCAUGUCUGUGGUAUACAGUCUGUACAACCCAUGCCUGCAGUACCUGGUCCAUAUUACCCCAUCUGAAUAUUACCCAUCCUUAGUUCUGAUUUGUAAUACUGCUCUCUGUUGUUGAAAAGUUCCUACUGUGGUGUAAGCCUUUCACACACACCCACCCCCUACAUACGUCAUGAAGGAUUCGAGAUUCAGCGUAUGUGUCCGAAACGUGGAUAUUGACACUGUUUCUAUCACUACUUAUUUACUGUGUUGUACCCCAUGUCCUGUGUACCAACACACAUGAUCUAUUUCCUUGAUAUAUAUGAUGUACCUGAUACAUGCGGUUGAUAUUAAUUCUGUACUUGAUACAUAUAAAGCAUGUAUCUGAUACAUACUAUACAUGUACCUGGUAGAUAUGAUGUACCUGAUACAUGUACCUAAUACAUAUGUGUACCUGAUGCAUAUGGUACCUGCACCUGACAUAUAUGAUAUAAGUUUUAUGUUUGCCUUAUAAAACUUGGUGCCAAAGUGUCUUCCAUCAUUCCAUCCACUUGUACUAUGUAGCCAGUUGACAGCGGAAGUAGACUGGCGUUCAGACACUGACAUAUCUGUUUCCUCAUACAGCACAACCAUGACAAAUUAUCAGCAGUUUUAUCAAAUUCCGAAAAUACAUAACUAGAUGUGAAACUUACUUCUAUCCCCAACUAAAGGCCCAUUUUAAAAAAUCUGAAUCAGUUAUUAAAUUGUCAGGCGUGUGAUUGAUCCUACCUUUUGACAUAAUUCAAGGUCAAAGGUCAAAGGUCAAUGACCGAACUGCUUUAAUGAACUACCAGACUGAACCACCUGACCUAAAUCCAUCAUGUUCAACUUCUGCUGUCAGCAGUGUGUUGUCCUGUGCUUUACCACCAGGGCACAAUCCUGGGCUGGCCACAGGUAUACUUCUAUAUACAUAGUCCAACUGUAGCACCAGUUAACAGGCCUGGAGUUGGUACAGAUGUACUUCUAUAUACAUAGUCCAACUGUAGCUCCAGUUAACAGGCCUGGAGUUGCUAUAGAUGUACUUCUAUAUACAUGGUCCAACUGUAGCACCAGUUAACAGGCCUGGAGUUGCUAUAGAUGUACUUCUAUAUACAUAGAGUUGCUAUAGAUGUACUUCUAUAUACAUAGUCCAACUGUAGCACCAGUUAACAGGCCUGGAGUUGCUAUAGAUGUACUUCUAUAUACAUGGUCCAACUGUAGCACCAGUUAACAGGCCUGGAGUUGCUAUAGAUGUACUUCUAUAUACAUGAGUCCAACUGUAGCACCAGUUAACAGGCCUGGAGUUGCUAUAGAUGUACUUCUAUACACGCAUCACCAGGUCAACGUAGAUGUACUUACAAUUGUACAUGUAGGAUGUAUUUAUGCAGUCAGGUAGAGCUACUUUCUAUAUGCAUGUAAAGCAGUUUUGUACUUAAUACUGUAUAUGUAUUGUAUUAUAGAAAAUUAAAUUAUUUCAAAUGAA